UUGACAAUUAGCUAUUAAAAAAUUACGAUCAUGUCAGUAAAAUGUGGUAAUGUCAAAGAAAUCUAGUUUUUUAGAAAAAUGUUGCGUACCAUUAUCACCAAUAUCCACUCCUUCUUUCAUAGAUUCAGGAAGUGAAAUCAGUAUCCCAUUUUCAUUCAGAUCACCAAAACAUAGUGCUGAAAAUAAUGGAGAAUUAAUCUUGAAACCAGAACGAAAGAAAUCCGUUGAAUAUAAAGAAUGCAAGAGAAGCAGAAAUAGUCACGAAUCAUUAAAAACUCUUUCUUCAAAAAUGUUCACCCAAAAUUGUAAAAACACAAUACACCACAGUCUUCCAUGUCUUCCUGACGAUAGCAGCUGCUCUUACCGCAUUAACUAUUGGUUGAACAAGGGUUCCGCUUCUUUACGAAGUAGUUCUGAAAUUCCUAGCCAGAAAUUGCAUCAAAAAGAGAGUGGUCGUCUUCCAGCAUCCACAAAAUUUCUUGACUGUUUGCUAAUGUGUCUUUGGAAAUGUACCCCCGGAUGUCAAGAAGUUAGCACAACCGAAUUUUGAGAAAAUAUGUAGGCACCCUUAACAACAAAAAGUUUUAUUUUAUUUGUACAUACAUCUACCAUUUUCUAAAAAAUAUUCUUUUGAAUUAUUUACUUAAUUACUAUAUUGUUAUCAUUUUAUCUAAAAUAUAGCAGAUAAUAUGCGCGAUAAUUAA